CUUAUCCUCCUCAAACAACACUCGCCAGGGCAGUCAGUCUUUUACCUCGCCAUCAAUCUCAGCAACAAGAUCUUGACCACCCCCAAAUCUAAGCAGCGGCAUCCAAAACAGUCCUUUCUAAACCGAAGACUGUGUUCGCGGCGCGUCUAAGUCGCGUUUAAGUGGAAAGCCGCGACAGAGAUGGCUUCCUCUCGCUCUCGCGCCAGCGGCAAUGAUACCGACGCGUCAAUGCCCGACGCUCCAGAGCCCAGCCAUCGCCCGGGAGAUGAGAUGGAGGUGGAUGAGACCCCUGACUACACCGACUCCGAUACCAACCCGAAUACUACAGCCAGCAGUGUGGUAGGCGAACCGCUUAACGAAGGCCGAAAGCGGCGAACAGAGGCCAACGAGCUUCGGCGGAGCAUCUUUGGCAAGAAGCAUGAUGCGCUAGGAGAAUCUAAGGAAGAUGAUACACUUCGAAGAUUCAGAUACCUUCUUGGCUUGACCGACCUGUUUCGCCACUUCAUCGACACCAACCCCGAUCCCAAGAUCCGCGGCAUCAUACAAGAGAUUGAUCGUCAGAAUGCUGAGGCCAAAAAUAAGAAAGCCGUUAGUCGUCAAGGUGGCGCUACUAGUGACAGACGUCGCCGGACCGAGGCCGAGGAAGACGCUGAGCUGCUCAAAGAUGAGAAGCGUGGAGGAUCCGCAGAAAUCGUCUUCCGGGACUCGCCUGCUUUCAUCCAAGGCACCAUGAGAGAUUACCAAGUCGCCGGCCUGAAUUGGCUCAUCUCCCUCCACGAGAACGGCAUUUCCGGAAUCCUCGCCGACGAGAUGGGCCUCGGGAAGACCCUGCAGACUAUCUCAUUUCUGGGUUAUCUCAGACAUAUGAUGGGCACUACGGGGCCGCACCUGAUCACCGUUCCCAAAUCCACGCUUGACAACUGGAAGAGAGAGUUUGCAAGGUGGACGCCCGAGGUCGAUGUCCUUGUGCUACAAGGUGCCAAGGAGGAACGACACCAACUCAUCAACGAGCGCCUCAUCGAUGAGAAAUUCGACGUCUGCAUUACCAGUUAUGAGAUGAUCCUCCGAGAGAAGGCGCAUUUGAAGAAGUUUGCUUGGGAGUACAUCAUCAUCGAUGAGGCGCACCGAAUCAAGAACGAAGAGUCUUCACUUUCCCAGGUCAUUCGCCUCUUCAACUCCAGGAACCGGCUUCUCAUCACCGGCACCCCCCUGCAGAACAAUCUGCAUGAGUUGUGGGCCCUACUCAACUUCCUCCUUCCGGAUGUCUUUGGUGACGCCGAGGCCUUUGACCAGUGGUUCUCUGGCCAAGAUCGAGACCAGGACACGGUUGUUCAGCAACUCCAUCGAGUCUUGCGGCCCUUCCUUCUUCGCCGUGUCAAGAGCGACGUUGAGAAGAGCUUGUUACCGAAGAAGGAGGUCAAUGUAUACAUUGGCAUGUCCGAGAUGCAGGUUAAGUGGUAUCAGAAGAUCCUGGAGAAGGACAUCGAUGCCGUUAACGGAGCUGGCGGGAAGCGGGAAUCGAAAACGCGACUGCUCAACAUCGUCAUGCAGUUGCGCAAGUGCUGCAACCAUCCGUACCUCUUCGAGGGUGCAGAGCCUGGCCCGCCAUACACGACGGAUGAGCAUCUCGUCUACAACGCCGGAAAGAUGGCUGUUCUCGACAAGCUCCUGAAGAGGUUAAAGCAGCAGGGCAGUAGAGUCCUGAUCUUCUCCCAGAUGAGCCGUCUCCUAGACAUCCUCGAGGACUACUGCGUCUUCCGGCAGUACAAGUAUUGCCGGAUCGAUGGUGGCACGGCUCAUGAGGAUCGUAUCGCGGCCAUUGACGAGUACAACAAGCCUGACUCGGAGAAGUUCGUCUUCCUCCUCACCACCCGAGCUGGAGGACUCGGCAUCAACCUCACUUCGGCCGAUAUCGUCAUUUUGUACGACAGCGACUGGAACCCACAGGCCGAUCUACAGGCUAUGGAUCGUGCUCACCGUAUCGGCCAGACUAAGCAGGUUAUCGUGUACCGCUUCGUCACGGACAAUGCUAUCGAGGAGAAGGUCCUGGAGCGAGCGGCGCAGAAGUUGCGCCUUGACCAGUUGGUUAUCCAACAGGGCCGCGCCCAAAUCGCUGCCAAGGCAGCUGCGAACAAGGACGAACUACUGUCCAUGAUUCAACACGGCGCCGAGAAGGUCUUCCAGACGAGAGGCGCCACGGGAACACUCGCAGACAAGGGCGCCGAACUCAACGAUGACGACAUCGACAACAUUCUUACAGCCGGUGAGAACCGUACUAAGGCACUGAAUGCCAGGUACGAGAAGCUGGGAAUCGACGAUUUGCAGAAGUUCACGUCCGAGUCGGCUUACGAGUGGAACGGAGAAGAUUUUGCCGCUCGGAAGAAGGAUAUUGCUGUCUCAUGGAUCAAUCCUACCAAGCGUGAGCGAAAGGAGCAGAUCUACUCGAUCGACAAGUAUUACAAGCAAGCAUUGCAGACCGGAGGCCGUACAGCGGACUCAAAGCCCAAGGCCCCUCGCGCGCCGAAACAGGUCCAGGCUCACGAUUACCAGUUCUAUCCGCCCAGGCUGCGCGAUCUCUAUGACCGCGAGACGGCUUACUACCGCAAGGAAAUUGGCUACAAGGUGCCACUUGCAGAUGGUGACGAUGACAACCUGUCCGAGCGGGAGGCGGAGAGAGCUCUCGAUCAACAGGAGAUUGACAGCGCGACGCCGUUGACUGAGGAGGAACAGGAAGAGAAGGAGAAGCUUGCCGUCCAGGGAUUUGGUGAUUGGAAUCGUCGUGACUUCCAGCAGUUCAUCAACGGCUCUGGACGCUACGGGCGACACGACUACGAGAUGAUCGCUCAAGAAGUCGACAACAAGACACCGGCCGAGGUUAAGAUGUAUGCCAAGGUCUUUUGGCAGCGAUAUAAGGAGAUAUCCGAUUACAACAGGUACAUCAAGGUGAUUGAGGACGGCGAGGAGCGGAUGCGGAAGAUUGAGAACCAACGCAAGAUGCUGCGGAAGAAGAUGUCACAGUACAGGGUCCCCAUCCAGCAGCUCAAGAUCAACUACUCGGUCUCGACCACCAACAAGAAGGUCUACACCGAGGAGGAGGACCGCUUCCUGCUCGUGCAGCUGGACAAACACGGCAUUGAUUCCGAGGGAAUCUACGAGAAGAUUCGCGACGAGAUCCGCGAGAGCCCGCUCUUCCGCUUCGACUGGUUUUUCCUGAGCCGCACGCCCGUCGAGAUAAGUCGCCGGUGCAACACGCUCCUCACCACGAUCGUCAAGGAGUUCGAGGACGUGAACACGACCAAGGCGAACGGCGCCGCCUGGAAGUCGAAGAGGGAGCCGGACGACGACGAGAACGACGAGGAUAGCGUCCUCGGCAUGGCUCCCACAAAGAAGAAGUCCAAGGCGGCUAACGGGGUCAAGAACAAGGCACUCGAUAACGUCAAGUCGGGCACGGCGAGCAAGGCCAAUUCCGCGGCCCCGUCACGGGCGUCGAGCGUCAUGUCCAACCAGUCGAACGCUGGGAGCAAGAGUAAGAAGGGCAAGAAGAAAUGAGUUUCAUGUCGAUUUGGCGGUGUGAUUUGCGAGGCAAUCGAGACGGGAGGUGCGAAAUCGGGUUCGGGUCUCGAUAAGCGAGGUAGUUUGUCAUAGGACUAGGGGUGUCUCUACUCUGGUGCUCGACUCUCUGUGGCUCUGCAAGAAGAGGGGACCUGGUGUUUGUUUGGUUCUGGUGCGGUUUCUCAGAACAAGGAGUUGUUGAUUUCAUUUUUUACCGGUCGACCCUCGGCGAUUACGGAGGGAAGGGGGCAUCGUUAUCGGGGCAGUCGGUAAAAUUGAUCUUGUUUGUACAGGUCUCAACAGAAACAAAAUCACGAUAGCUUAAGAGAGUUCUUUAGGCUGCCCUUUUUUUAUGAAG